AGAGAUUGGUCUUUGCUCCUAUACAAAGUGAGCGUUGUGGUCCCGAAGAUACUUGUAGCCAGUCGUCUCCUGUGUUAGAAGUACUUCCUGUUCGCACUGUUGGUAGUCAAACAGAUGUUGACAUAUCCAGUGUAAUGAUCACGAUAGGCCCAGUGAAGAGCGUGGUGGAUGAAAACUUGCACAAGGUUGUGCAGGCAAUAGCAACUUGUAACUGUCCCUCUGUAGCUGAGGCUGUGAUGGCCGAACCUUCUCUCAAAAAGGAAGUACUGAUCCGUGUUGCUAGAGUGUUGGACGACGAGUGUAGCAACAUGUGCAAAACAACACCACCACUGUCACUUUUCCGGAGGUUUCUAUUGUUUGAGAGAGAGUUGUUCUCAUACAGUAACUGCAUAACAGAGCUUCAGACAAAGUGUCCAACCCUAUACCAGCUUCUAUGGACUGUUGUAACCAGGUCUGACAAGAGGAACACUGUGAAAUGCACAAGUCAGCAUUAUCCCGGCAUGUGCAUGGCUGUUGCUCUCGUCUUGAAAGAACGAAAUCAGCACAUGACAGGGCUCCAGACCUUUCUCUCACUCGUUUUGUUCAAUUCUAAUGUACAAAAAAAGGUGCUUACAAGACUAAACCACAUGAAUGUAACUAUCAGUUACACAGCAGUGAUGAAACUAAUCACCGGCAUAAGUGAGCAACACAAGGCACCAAUUGAGAAAUGGGUCAACGAGGGAAUAAUAUUUGAAUUUGUAGGUGACAACGUGGACAAGACAGUGGGAGUGCGAGACAUAAGAACAGACCACAGAAGCACAUUAGUACACAUGUACAGCUUACUUGCUGUACGAGCCAGAGUUGAUCCUCCACCUCCCAUCUUUGACUUCAUUCCCCCUGAUUUAACCAAGAUUGCGGUAUCCUACUUCCUGCCAAAUCAAGCAGAUAUAGAUGCUCUGAGGUCCAACUUGCAAGUGAUUGUCUCAAGGGUUCUCGCUGACUACAUUGAAGUUUUUAAGCCUCAAAAACGAAGAGUAGUGGCUCACAUUCAGCAUGCCCACAGCAAGGAAAUGAAAGAGAAAUCAGGAGUUGUGGUACUGGAUGUCCUACACAAGUGUGAGACAAAAACAACGGACAUGAUCGAUAUCAUGAGAGAAAUGAUUUCUUACCUAGGAGACAGCGCUAACACAUGUUUGUCGGUGGGUGACCUACUCACGAAGGAGAGGCAGGACGGAAGCAAAAGACACGUUAUUUGCUCUAACACGCCCUCUGGUCGUCUCGAUCACCUAGAGCCAUGUAUAGCAGAUUGGCACUGUCUCCUCAAUUUCUUGAUGCUUGUUUGGAAACACCUCUUUAAGACCAGCCCAAGAGAUCACGGCACACUUCGACACCUACUGCACAAGAUCGGUCGACUCCCUGACGCAAACAAACCAAAGAAGAAUCUCCACGCAUGCUUAGAUGGUCUUCUUACAGCGUUUUAUGGGCAUCUAGUGGAAGCUGCUCGUUUGGAACUUGGCAUAAAGAGUGUAGAUGACUUUCCACUUGACAGCACUGGAGCUAAGGUUAAAGUCAAACUUUCAGACGUUGCCAGUGCAAUUGUUGACAAGUGGACUAUAGUACCAGAAGCGAUUCUUGGACAGCCCCUUAAUGACAGUAGUGAUGGUGUCAACAAUUAUGCGCAUGUUCUUUGUCACUUUGCUGCUCUUGUUUCAGAGUUCUACGAUGGUUGGCACGAAGGUGAUGGACUACGAAUGCUAAGAUGUUGGAAAAUCUUAAUGCUCCACUUCUUUGCGAAUAGGAAUACGAAGUACGCACUCGAAUCGCUUAAGCUUCAAUUUCAACUUGCUUCUCUGCCACCUGACUUAGUCCACCAGCUCACAUGGGGUCGUUUUGUGAACACACGUGGAGGGGAAGGUAACAACAUCCCAUGUGAUCUGUAUAAUGAACAUAUCAACCAUCUGUUUAAGGAGAUAAUGGGUUCCAACUUUAAAGAACAAUCUAGUACUAGGGCUGCUAGAUGUGUCACUACCUUGUCAUCAAUCGCUGAAACAUUUGAUAAACUCACAGGGAUACAUCCAGAGUCUACGUCUCACACAACGUCAUCGAAUCGUGACGAUGUCCUCUCAAUUGCUACUGUGGUUCAAUCCUGUGAUAUCCUCAAAAUUAAAAGUGAUAGAAGUCACGCUAAUUUUCCAAGUUUUUCUGCAAGUCCUCUGACCUCUCUCAAUCGUCAACGCCUGGAGACAUGGAUAUUAGAAAAGACUAGACAAUAUACAUGUAAUCAACACAGUGACGAACAAGAUAAUGGAGACGAUGGCACAGGCAGUAAUGCGUCGGAAAGUGAUGAAUCGGAGUUAUAAAUACGUGUACACACACAUACACUACUAAUACUUACCACAUUCAUGAAGAUGUUUGGCCUCACAAUUGUCACAACAAAAACUCUGAUCGCUUGGAGCCAUUAAACUGGGAUCAAAAUAUUGGAGCAAAUGUUGCCGCCUGCACUCCGUUGUCAGUAAAUACCCCCUUACAAUGUCCAGCUCAAUAUUACGAGGAUUACUUUUGUUUUUCCUAUUGGGGACAUCUGAUGGUGACCAGUAUAUGGUAGACGUGGACAAUUCUCCUCCUCUUCCAGCCCGACCACUUUCUUGAAAGUAGUCUUCAAGUGAUCUUGGAGCUCCAUAGUGGACAAUAGAAGUCAAAUCCUUAAAGUUCACACCCAUACCGAGGGCCAUAGUAGCGAACACUACUCUCACAGUUCCUUGUGGGUGAGACAAACUGCUCAAUAUAACAGACUUGUUGUAGUCAUCCGUCUUUGCAUGAAACAUACCAAACAAUCUGUUGUCACUUGUGUUAUCAGCACCAGUAGGGAAAUAGAUAGCAUCACCAAGCUUCGAGUGAAAGUGAAUGUAUAGGUUGGCACAGGUAUCGAGCGACUGACAAUACACAAUCGUACGAAUUGCCUUGAUGUUAUUGGCCAACAAAUCAGACACUAAAACGACAAGUCUUUGCCUCUAUGUCACAGAUCCACUUCUUCUUCUCCAUAGAGUAAAAUAUAUUGGGCUUAUUGGGAGACACAUUAACAAAUUCGCACCCUCGCAUGUCAAGAGUUCCGACAAUCUGCCUUCUCAUCUUCUCUGUUACUGUUGCAGUGGCUGCAAGCAUCGGCGUACCCGGUGGAGCAUAGGCUCUCAAGUCACAAAUACAACCAUAACAGGGACGGAAAUCAGAACUCCUAUUGUGGUGUAUGUGUGUGUGUGGUUUGUAAUCGUGACGUAUACUAAUUAAAGCACUAUACAUGUAUAAUUAUUUUCUUACCAUUUGUAAACACAAUGAGCCUCGUCUACAGCAAUAGCAACCAAAGUGUUGCAGACAGGAGGAGACAGUAACACUUUGGUCCAACUCGAACCAUGAUCACCAACUAUAGAGCCUCAGGGGCUGAGUAAAGAAUCCUAUAGCUCCCACUGCCAAUACCACAGUCAGUAGCCACCAGGCUACGGUCUAUCCCUCUGUUGGAGCUGAUAAUGGCAGCACCAACUCCUUUAGCUCGCAAACUCUUCACUUGGUCCACCAUCAGAGAAACCAACGGCGACACUACCAGCACAACACUCUGAUCAACGCUUGGAGAUUCAGAUCUACCUAGCAGCCUAUCAAACACAAAUGGGAGCACUUGAUAGCAUAUGGAUUUGCCAUAGCCAGUCGGGAACCACACAAAGACAUCAUGACCUUGAGAAAGCAGCUUUAUAGCCUUUACUUGCUCUGACUUUAGAAUAAGAUCUCCAAGUUUCAGGGAAGAUAGAGCAUCAGCUAUAGCACUGUCUAACAAAAAUGCAGUAGCCAUUCCAAAUUGAUAAACGGGAUACUGACUGGUAUAUACGAUAGUACGCGAAUAUAAAUGUCACAAAAGUGAACGAGAAUAUCCAUUAGUAGUGAAGUAUAGUCAAGUAGUUGGGUAUAGUCAAGUAGUUGGGUAUAGUCAAGUAAUUGGGUAGUUGGGUAUAGUGAAGUAGUUGGGUAUAGUGAAGUAGUCGAGUAGUUGGGUAGUCAAGUAUAGUGAAGUAUAUAGUCGGGUAGUGAAGUAGUCGGGUAUAGUUGGGUAGUCAAGUAGUGAAGUAGUUGGGUAGUGAAGCAGUUGGGUAGUGAAGUAGUUAGGUAUAGUGAAGUAGUUGGGUAGUGCAGUAGUCAAGUAGUUGGGUAGUGCAGUAGCUAUAGGUAGUUGGGUAGUGAAGUAGUUGGGUAGUUGCCAGUGGGUAGUGAAGUAGUUGGGUAUAUAGUGGGGUAGUGAAGUAGUGAAGUAGUUGGGUAUAGUUGGGUAGUGAAGUAGUUAGGUAGUGAAGUAGUUGGGUAGUGAAGUAGUCGAGUAGUGAAGUAGUUGGGUAGUGAAGUAGUUGGGUAGUGAAGUAGUUGGGUAUAUAAUGGGGUAGUUGGGUAGUGAAGUAGUGAAGUAGUUGGGUAUAGUUGGGUAGUGAAGUAGUUAGGUAGUGAAGUAGUUGGGUAGUGAAGUAGUCGAGUAGUGAAGUAGUCGAGUAGUGAAGUAGUUGGGUAGUGAAGUAGUCGAGUAGUGAAGUAAUUGUACGGGAGCUCUGUGCUGCACUUAGUGACAAACAGAUCUCAAUCACUAUGCAAGACUUUCAGAAGAGAAUUGCCAACUUCCCUUUGAACACUGUCAAUCCCCAAUGGUUCCUAAACAAAACAACUGACAGGACUACGAUUCCAUCUAGCUAGCAUCCAUGCAUGCUAAGCAAAAGAAGUGCUCGCAGAUCUACCAGUCCAGCUUUGACGAGUCUUUUCUCAAAAAGUUGGAAGCUGGUCUAUACAUGGAGAAGAGGUGUGUUCAGCUAGAGGAAGUUGACAAGGACUCCAGUGGCAUUUGGGGCGGGGACAGUCAGACUCCUUCAAAGGAAACCAGUGUGGAAAGAGAGACCCCUCCAUCAUCAGACACUCCUCAUGUGGUAGAGACCCCUCCAUCAAACAGCAGUACAACUCCUCCUUUGGUAGAGACCCCUCCAUCAUCAGACACUCCUCACGUGGUAUAGAGAUCCCUCCAUCAAACAGCAGUACAACUCCUCCUGUGGUAGCUGUAGAGACCCCUCCAUCAGACAGUGGUACGAACAGAGAUUCAGCGAGCAGUGGUAAAGCCGUGACAAAACAACUAAAGCGUGCUCUUACACUUUGCACUGAAGACAAUACUCCUGUGUUGAAGCGCAGCAAACGGAUGAAGGGGAGACACAGUACCACCCCUGUGGUGAAACGCAGACGCAUGAACAAAAAGAUCAACAAAAAAAUCGACACAAACAUUUGUCAGCAGUGCCAGCAGGCAGGAGACGAGGAGAAUUGGGUGGGGUGUGAUUACUGUCCACGUUGGUUCCACAUUAAUUGCGUGAGGAUUGACCAACAUGCAUGACAUCCGUGAACAGUGGAAAUGCUCAAUAUGUUAAACAGAUCGUUCUAAGUUUCUGAGCUAUCACUUACGUUUUGUGUUCACCUACAGUAGACUCUCGUUAAUCAGCUUUGUCCUCUUUUCAGAGGUUAUCCUCUUGUGGGAGGUUCAUUCAAUUUAUAGCUCUAUCAAAAAAUUAGUUCACAGUUGGAUAGCCACCGUACCUACUUGUACGUGUUUUAGUUAAAUAUGCAUUUCGCAUUACAUCAUAAUAUUGAACAGGAAGAAAUUUGUUAGAAAGUUCUAGUUUCUUUAGCUCACUUUUUUUGGGAGCGGUGCGAUCAUUUCAAAGAGAAAGAGAGGUAGUAAAAACAUCUAACUCUUCAUGAUUGUAAUGGUACAACUCCUAGCUCUUGAAGAUUCGUUAUCGGUGUCUCUGUUGUCUCCAAAAACAUCUCGCAUUAUAUCGUCUACCUCAGAAUCGCCAAAUUCAUCUUCAGAUUCUGAAGAGCUCUCUUGGUCGAGGUUAAGUUCGUGACUGGUCUGAGAAGUUUGAGGUACAUUUGUGCACCCUUGACAUUUGCAUCCAGGACCACAAUCAUGCUUGUCUCUUCUGCACUUGCAACGAUUUGUUUGGCAGCCUGUUUUGCAACCACAUCCCUUUUGAAGCAAGGUGACUCUGUCUCUGAUCACCGAAACAUUGCUCUCACUGUCCCAGUCGAUGGCCAAUGUACUUGUGUCAACCUGUUUCCAUCCGUUUCCGUCUAGUACUGGGACCGUUUCCAAUGUCUGUCAAGUGCGUCAUAGGAGGGGAUCAUUUCUUCUUCAUACUUUAUACGGAGCCAGAUUUUCUCCCUCAUCAGAGAAAGCCAUGCACUGUGGUGUACUUGGGCAUGCUGUUUGCUAUCAAGAACGAGACUAGGAUCAUUCUCGAACGCUGUGAGGAGUGCCUGUAUGUCUAGGAAUCGAUGCUCUGUUGAGUUGAACAGGCUCAGUCGAACAUUACAUUCAAGCUGUGUUCCAGCAACCAGUGAGAAUCGUCAACUUGUGGUUGUGGUGUGGAUCCAGUUACAAACAGGCAUUUGUUUUGCAGAUUACUGCUGAACCCUCCAGCUGUAACAAAUUUUUGUUGUAGAGCUAGCUUGCGCUGCACUUUCUUCAAGAAGAGGGAUCACCAUGUCUGCUGCAAAAGUUGUGCACUGGUGAUCGUCAUUCAAGUGUGCUGUCUUGUCGCGAUGCAGUCGUUCAAAAUAUUUGGGACUUAGCUGGACACACUCAGGAUCGUCGAAAAGUAAGAAGAGUGAGAUUCUGGUGAUAGUUUCAGCAGACGGUCUGCUAACGAACUCCUUGCAUUCACGAUUAAUGCACAUCUCAUGUGCCUCAUCGAUUCCUAUUGAGUGGCCUGGCCUACCAAGAAGACUCACAGUGAAACCACCUUUUUCGAGAUUUGCACGAACAUCACCUGGUCUUCCAGCAACUGGUUGAUGUUCCUCAGGGCACUUUCUUGGGUUUCAGAAGGAGGAAGAUUUUGGACCAUUUCUGAUGCGGUGUGAAGAAAAUCUGUUGGGACAUUCCCCUUCUCCAAGAAAAUGGAGAACAGGAGCCGAUACAUGGAUUCCCACGCUUCCAUUAGAAAAUGGU